AUGGUCCAGGUUGUUAAAUUAAGUGCAUUAUCCAAGAAACGUGCAGUCGAUGAGGAAUCUGAUCUUGACAUAUCAAGUACAGACUCAAAUAUUUCAGACCAAGAAAACGGUCAAGAGGAACAAGAAAUCAUCAACAUCGAUUUUGAUUUCUUCAAUGGUAAUCCCGACGUUGAUUUCCAUGCUUUGAAGAAUCUGAUGCGUCAGUUGUUUGGACCACAGGAAUCGAACAGAAUUCAACUAAGUGAAUUGGCAAAUUUAAUCUUGGACUCACCAACUACUACCAUCAAAACCGAUGGUAAGGAGUCUGACCCAUACUGUUUCCUAUCAUUUAUCGAUUACAAGGCCAACAAAGAUAGUGAUUAUGCCAAAUAUCUUCGUAAAGUUGACCCCAAGCUAGCUACUUUCCUACAAACUAUAGAUCAAUCGGAGAAGACUUGUUCGUUAGUCUUGAGUGAAAGAUUGAUUAAUAUGCCACCAGAAGUUGUGCCGCCAUUGUACACUAUCACAUUAGAAGAUGUGAAGCUUGCGCUUGGGGAUGAUAAAAACUAUGAUUUCUACCUAAUCGUUUCAAGGAAGUACGAAGUGAAUUUUGAUAUGGACGAAGACGAUCUAACAUCGAACCAAGCUGUCCGCAAGAAGGUAAGACAAACAAACGAAGUAGACUAUUUCCAUGAAGAAGAUCGUUUCCUUGAAAAGCUAGCCAAAGUCCAUGUGGAUUCCGAGGCGAGAAAGGGUCUUAUUACAUCGUACAUGGUUUUGGACCAUGCUGGACUAAUUAAAUCCAUCGAAGAUCUAGAUGCGGCCAUCAAGACCUGGUGA